AGCGGUUGCCUUUGUGGCGGAUAGAUUUGGAGAUGAGCUUCUGGUAAAAAUGAUUCAGCAAGAAACCACCCCCUACCCAGCCCCCAAACUGGCAGCCCACACCCCUCCCCAGCCCAGGGGGCGGUGUGCAGGACCGGCUCCACCCUAGGCGGGCAACCCACCACCGACCCGGGAGCUCAGCCCACUGCUCCGCACUGCUCACAGCCCGACAGUCAUGCGGGCGGCCGGGGCGCUGCUCGCCUUCUGCUGCCUGGUCUCCAGCACUAGCAGCGGCCCUUCCCCAGAUUUCUGUUCACAGGACUUUAACUCAGGUGUGAAGCCAGGAUUUCCCAAAACAAUAAAGACUGAUGACCCAGGAGUCCUCAAAGCUGCCAGACACAGUGUGGAAAAGUUUAACAACUGCACAAAUGACAUCUUCUUGUUCAAGGAGUCCUACAUUAGCCGAGCGCUGGUACAGGUAGUGAAAGGCCUGAAAUACAUGCUGGAGGUGGAAAUCGGCAGAACUACAUGCAGAAAAACCACACACCAUCCCCUGGACAAUUGUGACUUCCAAACCAACCCUGACUUGAAGCGUAUUCUGAGUUGCUAUACUGAAGUUUGGGUCAUCCCCUGGCUCCGAAGGUUCGAGGUGCCUAUUAUUCGUUGCCAGUGAGUUCUGACUUUCGCCUGAGUUCUGCCUGACUUUCGCCUGCCUCUUCAGCAAAACUUUGGCUGUAAGGACACCCACCAUACUUGUGCUCUUCGUUUCCUUCAGCCCCAGCACUGUGCCCAGCUGAUACAAACCUUUAAGGACCUUCUCAUGUGUAGGCAGAUGGAAGUGCUAAUGGGUCAUUACAGAGUAGCUGGAGUGGGAAAAUGACAGUUCAUCAUGGCCAGAUUAAAUAUAUCACAUUUCCUUCUGUAACUUUAUUGAUGCUGUACUCUCAGAUAGAGGGUCUGAACCUGUAUGGGUCUGAGUCUUUUGAUGGGCCUCAUUGGGGUUGGGGACAGACAGAUGUAGGCUGACCUGAAGGGGAGGACAGGGUACUCUCUCCCAUCCCUCACCCGAUGGAGAGUCAAGGCAUCCAUCUCUUGGUUUCAGUUAUUAGCAUUAUAGCACUAGAUCUGGGACAAGUGUGCUACUGAUCACUUGAUCUCUGAGGAUGAUUAAAGUUAUUAAUAAAAGACUGAUCAUUCCAGUGCAA